AUGGAAUUAAAUAAGACAGACCCUAAUCUUACCGAUUAUUAUGAUGGAGGAUACGCUGGGAAUUCAGUCAUUAAUUUUACUAUAGCCAGCUCUGUUUCCAUAGCCCUCUGUCUGGUUGGAAUGGCAGGAAAUAUUGUUGUUUUCUGGUAUCUUUGCUUCAAGAUCAAAGGGAACAAAUACACCGUUUAUAUUAUCAAUCUGGUGGCAUCUGACUUAGGUUUUUUAAUGUUUACAGCACUUUUAAUGGUACUACAGAUUUAUUCACUGAAUGGACCUGAAACUUUUACUAUGACAUCUUAUGUCAACUUCUAUCGUUUUGUAGAAAUAUGUCAUGACAGCAUUCAAUAUUCAGGGAUGUUUUUCCUCACAGCCAUCAGCUUGGAAAGAUGUCUGUCUGUCAUUUUUCCCAUGUGGCAUCAUUUCCAUCGACCAAAGAACCAAUCAUCUAUCACAUGCUUCCUACUUUGGAUUGCUGGAUUUGCAGAGGGUCUCAUUGGGAAUUUUGUGUGUCCGCUAGAAAGUUUUAUACAUCCAACAAAAAACUGCACAGUAGUUCAAUUAAUUACAUUUAUUAUAGACAUCGGUGUCUGUCUGCCAUUGAUGGUCCUGUCUAGCCUCACCCUAAUAAUCACCAUCAAAUGGACCUUCGGGGAUCAGUACCCUUCAAAACUUUAUAUCAUAAUAAUUGUUGCUGUCAUUGUAUUUAUCUUGUCAGUCCUACCAUUUCGUUUGUUGGUUUUUUUACAAUACUUCAAACUAUUUCCCUUAGAUGUUUACUCCACAAGUCUCUUUUAUGCCAGCGUGUUUAGCACAGCACUUAAUAGUACUAUAAACCCUUACAUUUACUUUAUGGUAGGAAAACAAUGGAAACAAAAAUCUCAAAAUUCCAUACAGGAUAUUCUUCAAAGGGCUUUCGUAGAUGAGGAGAAGUAA